UGUUUCAGUUUCAGUUCCGAUUUCAGUUGGAUCGCGUAAACCAAGUGAAUAAAAAUGAACUCCUGGAGAAACUGGCAGCUGCAGGGAAAACUGGGCCAGGGCGGCUUUGGCGAGGUUCUGCACUGGCAGAAUAAGACCACAGGCCAGGAAAUAGCCACCAAACAUAUCAAAGACGUGAACUCGCUGGGGGCCGAUCAGCAGGUCAAGUUGAAGGACCGAUGGAUGAUGGAGCUGAAGUUUACGCGUGCGUUCCGGAAACUCCCGAACAUCGUGGCUGGUGUGUGCCUUGGGAAUGACGAUGCUUCCUUCGUUGCCUACCUCAAUUCCGCCCAUAAAUGCCGCCUGCCCGUAAUUAUACUGGAGUUCUGCAACGGGGGGGAUGUGCGCAAGCAAUUGCAGAUGCACGAGAACGCCAACGGACUGUCGGAGUUCGAGGUGCGGGAGAUACUGGGCGCCCUGCGGAAGGCCCUGCACUUCCUGCACUCCGAGUGCAAGGUGUGUCAUCGCGACCUCAAGCCGGACAACAUCGUGAUUCACCGCCAGAAGGACGGCUCGAAGACCUACAAGCUCACGGACUUUGGGUUGGCGCGCGGGGCGCCCGACCAGACGAUGCUGCAGAGUGUGGUGGGAACGCGCCACUACUUUGCCCCCGAGGUGGUCGAGACGGGCGUCUACAACACGACGGUGGACUACUGGUCUAUGGGGAUCAUUGCCUACGAGCUGGCGACCGGGGAGCUACCCUUCAUACCUCAUCAGACGCCCAGGAACAUUUUAGUCAAUCUGCUCAAGAAGACGUCCGACUGCAUUGCCAUUACGGAGGAUCCACACGACGCCAGUCGAUUUCUCUUCCAAACAGAGCUACCGAGGGAGCAUCAUCUGACGGAGCCAUUCGCCAGGCAGUUCCUGCUGUGGCUGCGCCUGGCCCUCGACAGCGACUACAAGCGACGCGGCCAAUUGGAAUCUGAUAAAGUACAUUCGGGCACGGUCCCAAACCCAUUUGUCUUUUCCUAUCUUGACAAGCUUCUCCAGAUACGCGUGCUCACGAUAUUCGCCAUGAACAGCUUCAAGUUUCUGGCGUACGCUGUCACGGCGGAUAUGACGAUGCAGGAAUUGAACGGCUUGAUUUGCCGCGACACAAAGCUGGCCAGUAGCGAGGUGUACUGUGUCCUGCCCACCAAUCAUCCUCACGAGAGGAUCACGCCAAACACCAGACCCCUGGAUCUGUAUGUCCACGAGUGGAGCGACACCAGCCGCGAGACGCUCAAAUCGACCAAAAUACCCCCACCCCCUGUGAUGUUAUUCGUCUUCCAGGCGUCGGACAAGUGUGUCUACAGCGACCCCGAGCCGCGCGUCUCCAAGCUGAUGCUGACCUGCAACCCAAGCAGCUUCCAAACGGACAGUUCGUGGGUGCUGAGGCGUCUUGCCCUGGACAUGCACUACAUGCUGGCGAUGCAGCAGAAGCAGGUGGAUAUGUUUCUCAUGGGCAUCCGAGAGCGUGCCCUUCUGCUGGAGGAUGAGAUUGUCACGAAUCAGUUCAUAACGGCCAUCAACGAUCAAAUACUCACCACUGCCGAGGCAUACAACAUGCUCCUGAGGCUGCGCACGGCCUCUGUCCAGGAGCAAAAUAUGUCCAUCCAGGUAACCGAUAGCGACUGGAAGCUGCUUGCAGACACUUACCAGGAGACAAACAACAUUGCCAGAGCCAUCAAGGAUCGCUUCGAGUCUUGUUUGCGCGGUGCCCGAGCCAUUGAAAAGGCCACCAGCCAGCUUCUGAAUCAAUAUGUGGAUGUAUUUGACUUGGCUGCCUUUGAUCAUGAUUACUUGGCUGGAAUCUCCCUCGGACAGUUUCGCAAAGCUGUCAAUCAGUUUGCCAUGUCUCCCAGCCAGGAGGUUAAACGAGUAAUGGAAACCGCCAAGGAGAUUGAUAGUCUGCAUUUGCUAUUCAUCAAGGCCAUCAAGGCUGUGGCGAAAGCCAUGCAGAAAUUCGCCGAAAUCAAAGAGCAGCUAUUUCAAUUGAAUUUCAAGAUGUUGUCCAGCGCUGCUGCCGCUUCGGCGCACGUCUCUGCCCCACCUCCAAUGCUACUGGAGCAUUCUAUGGGCCGACUGAAAAUGAACUCCAUGGGCGACAGCUCCGACUUUGAUUCUCUAACAACGAACAAUGUCAUCGAUGAGGCAAACCGUCUCGACAAGAUGUUAAGAGCUGACAUGGAAAUCGAUUCGAUCUAGUCUCUCCGCUGAGAAGUCCUCAGCAAUUACCGCCAGUCAGAUAUUAAAU